AUGCCGCCCUGCAGUGUCGGGAGUGGGGGAGGGCUGGGCCCGGAGGGACGGGGGAACAGCGGAGGCGGGCUGAUAGGUGAGUGGUUGGGCGACCUGCUCCGGUUGGGCGACCUGCUCCGGUUGGGCGACCUGCUCCGGUUGGGCGACCUGCUCCGGUUGGGCGACCUGCUCCGGUUGGGCGACCUGCUCCGGUUGGGCGACCUGGUCCGGUUGGGCGACCUGGUCCGGUUGGGCGACCUGGUCCGGUUGGGCGACCUGGUCCGGUUGGGCGACCUGGUCCGGUUGGGCGACCUGGUCCGGUUGGGCGACCUGGUCCGGUUGGGCGACCUGCUCCGGUUGGGCGACCUGCUCCGGUUGGGCGACCUGCUCCGGUUGGGCGACCUGCUCCGGUUGGGCGACCUGCUCCGGUUGGGCGACCUGGUCCGGUUGGGCGACCUGCUCCGGUUGGGCGACCUGCUCCGGUUGGGCGACCUGCUCCGGUUGGGCGACCUGCUCCGGUUGGGCGACCUGCUCCGGUUGGGCGACCUGCUCCGGUUGGGUGACCUGCUCCGGUUGGGCGACCUGCUCCGGUUGGGCGACCUGCUCCGGUUGGGCGACCUGCUCCGGUUGGGCGACCUGGUCCGGUUGGGCGACCUGGUCCGGUUGGGCGACCUGGUCCGGUUGGGCGACCUGCUCCGGUUGGGCGACCUGCUCCGGUUGGGCGACCUGCUCCGGUUGGGCGACCUGCUCCGGUUGGGCGACCUGCUCCGGUUGGGCGACCUGCUCCGGUUCGGCGACCUGCUCCGGUUCGGCGACCUGCUCCGGUUGGGCGACCUGGUCCGGUUCGGCGAUCUGCUCCGGUUGGGCGACCUGGUCCGGUUGGGCGACCUGGUCCGGUUGGGCGACCUGGUCCGGUUGGGCGACCUGGUCCGGUUGGGCGACCUGGUCCGGUUGGGCGACCUGGUCCGGUUGGGCGACCUGGUCCGGUUGGGCGACCUGGUCCGGUUGGGCGACCUGGUCCGGUUGGGCGACCUGGUCCGGUUGGGCGACGUGGUCCGGUUGGGCGACCUGGUCCGGUUGGGCGACCUGCUCCGGUUGGGCGACCUGCUCCGGUUGGGCGACCUGCUCCGGUUGGGCGACCUGCUCCGGUUGGGCGACCUGCUCCGGUUGGGCGACCUGGUCCGGUUGGGCGACCUGGUCCGGCUGGGCGACCUGGUCCGGUUGGGCGACCUGCUCCGGUUGGGCGACCUGCUCCGGUUGGGCGACCUGCUCCGGUUGGGCGACCUGGUCCGGUUGGGCGACCUGGUCCGGUUGGGCGACCUGGUCCGGUUGGGCGACCUGGUCCGGUUGGGCGACCUGGUCCGGUUGGGCGACCUGGUCCGGUUGGGCGACCUGGUCCGGUUGGGCGACCUGGUCCGGUUGGGCGACCUGGUCCGGUUGGGCGACCUGGUCCGGUUGGGCGACCUGCUCCGGUUGGGCGACCUGCUCCGGUUGGGCGACCUGCUCCGGUUGGGCGACCUGCUCCGGUUGGGCGACCUGCUCCGGUUGGGCGACCUGCUCCGGUUGGGCGACCUGCUCCGGUUGGGCGACCUGGUCCGGUUGGGCGACCUGGUCCGGUUGGGCGACCUGGUCCGGUUGGGCGACCUGGUCCGGUUGGGCGACCUGGUCCGGUUGGGCGACCUGGUCCGGUUGGGCGACCUGGUCCGGUUGGGCGACCUGGCCCGGUUGGGCGACCUGGCCCGGUUGGGCGACCUGGCCCGGUUGGGCGACCUGGCCCGGUUGGGCGACCUGGCCCGGUUGGGCGACCUGGCCCGGUUGGGCGACCUGGCCCGGUUGGGCGACCUGGCCCGGUUGGGCGACCUGGCCCGGUUGGGCGACCUGGCCCGGUUGGGCGACCUGGCCCGGUUGGGCGACCUGGCCCGGUUGGGCGACCUGGUCCGGUUGGGCGACCUCGUCCGACUGAGCGACCUCGUCCGACCGAGCGACCUCGUCCGACCGAGCGACCUCGUCCGACCGAGCGACCUCGUCCGACCGAGCGACUUGGUCCGACCGAGCGACUGGGUCCGACCGAGCGACUUGGUCCAAGUCGUGCAGUGCUGGGUCCGGUGGCUCGUCUGGAGCUGUGGGGCUACUCUUUUGCAGCAGACGGCUUUGCUGGGCCCUGUGGCCAAUUUGACGCUGUGGGGCGGCUCUCUGGCGGCAGAUGGCUCUUUACUCAACACACGCACCGUGGGAGGCGGAACGGGGAGAUUCGGGAGUGGAGUAGGGGGAGGGGAGGUAGGAGAAGGAGGAGUGGGGGACGGAGAAAGGGGAGUGGGGGGCGGAGAAGGCAGAGUUGGGGUUAGAGAAAGGGAAGUGGGAAGCGGAGGACUGGGAGGGGGGGCAGGGGGAACAGUAGUGAUCCAUGCAACUUUACUCAACAUGACUCGAGGGGCUGUGAUAUCAGCGUCAGGGGGACAGGGGCAUUCGGUGGGAGGCGGCGGAGGGGGCGGGGGAAAAGUGUACUUUGCAUGGCAGAACCUGGAACAGACGCAAGGAGAUAAGUACACACCACGUGCUACUAUCGAGGGGAACUGGAGCGAUGCUAUCAGAACAAGUGGAAGGCAGGGCAGCUACGAAGGGGAGGACGGCGAGGUGGGAUUGACUGGGUCGGCGGAUUGCUCACCAGGGCUGGUGGGGCUGCUAGCGCUUCCCUAUAAUGACUCGACUUUUUCCUUUUCCCCUUUGCUGAACCACACAACCAGUGGGGGGCAGGGCAGCUACGAAGGUGAGGACGGCGAGGUGGGACUGACAGGGUUGGCGGAUUGCCCCCCGAACAUGGUGGGGCAGCUUGGAGGGCAGGGCAGCUACGAAGGGGAGGACGGCGAGGUGGGAUGGACAGGGUCGGCGGAUUGCCCUCCAGGCCUGGUGGGGCUGCUGUGUGAGGAGUGCCGUGUCGGCACCUUCAAGAACCAGUCUAAUCCGCGACCUGGGCGGGCCCUGGGUGGUCACGCUAGCGUGCACGCUCUCCUCUUUCAUCCCUGUUCGUUCUCCCUCGCUCCCCUCACUCCAGGUGGUGCCACCAGUGCGCCCUGCCCCUACCGCUGUCUCUCCUCGCACUUCUCCCUGCCCCACUGCGACACAUUCUUUGAAGGUCUCAUCCGAGAUCUGGGCGGGCCCUGGGUGUUCGCGCUCGCCUGCACGCUCUCCGUGCUGCUGCUGGGCUUUGCGAUUACUCUCGCGCGCGCCAAGCUGCUGCUGGCAGGGGACGAUUUGGCCCAGCCGCAGACGCGAGAUUCAGAUGUUUCCUCGCACAUGGACCACUCCCUGCCGUUUUUGGAGUCACUUAACGAGAGGAGGCAGCGUCGCACGUCCACCGGGUGUUCUUCUGUGGAGACAACUCCUUCUCGCACCCUCCUUACCUCUCUCUCCAUCCGUCCCACACACAUUCUUGCCCGUCAGGUGAUGGAGAACACAAGGGUGGAAGAGGCAGCCUCACACGUGCACCGGGUCUUCUUCUGUGGAGACAACUCCUUCUCGCACCCGCUGCACCUCCCGCACUCCCCGCCGCGCGCAAUCUCCGAUCUCGUAUACGAGGACUCAUACAACCGACUAGUAGACGAGGUUAACGCCAUUGCGUGCUACCGGUGGUGGGAGGGGUGUGUGCACUCGCUGCUGGCGCUACUCGCGCUGCCGUUCGCGUGGUCAUGGCAGCAGUGGCGGCGCCGCCUCGUGGUGCAGCGGCUGCGGGAGUUUGUUCACACGCGCUACGACCACUCCUGCCUGCGCUCCUGCCGCUCCCGCGCGCUGUAUGAAGGCCUCAAAAUGUCAGCUACCCCGGAUCUGGUCCUGGGCUACAUGGACGUGUUUCUGGGCGGCGACGAGAUGGCCACGCAUGUCCUGCCGAGCUUUGCCCACCGCCUGCCGCUGCUGCUGGUGCUGGGCGGCAACGGGUCGUACAUGGCGCCGUACCAUCUCUUUACGGACGACCUCCUUACCAACAUCAUCUCCCAGGUGUGUUCUUGGCGGGCUGUACGUGGCGCCAUACCAUCUCUUCACGGACGAUCUUCUCACCAAUUUCCCAGGUGUGUUUUCAAGUCACUCAGGUCAGGUGUUUUCUCAGGUCAAGUGCAUUCUUAG